AACUGCAGAAAGAAGCAUGCGCAAACUGGCCUGCUGGCGGCACAUGCAACGGAGGAGAGGGCUCCCUCAAGGCUCAAGCUCGAGAUCGCCUCAGCUCAGAUCAGCAGACGUGUCCGCGCCCCCGUGGGCUGUGAUCAGGACACCUCAAAAGUUCCUGCCAGGUCGCCUUCCUUGAAGCUGCGCUAUCCGCAAAGUCUGUGGAGCACUCCUCUGCUUCUUCAAGCUUCGAGCAUCUCUUGAAGAGAAGGUAUUUAGGUAGCAAAGGUGCAGAAAUCCGAUCAAGCAACAAAAGCAAGAGCAAGCUGUGCAACUGGCAGCAGUGUUCAUUCGUUCCUUCAUUGACCUGCCUUUUCAAAUCAACUCUCUGCUACACACAGUGGUCAAUUGAGCAGCAAUAUCUGUUUCUGCAAGUGAUUUGCAAGCUUUUCCAAGUGAAAGAUGGGCAAAGGAUGGGGCAAAGGCCGGGGCAAAGGACAGGGCAAGGGUGCGGCCAAGAAUGUCGUUGAGGAGCGGGGAUUUGGGGGGUACCCUCAGCAGUACGGAUACCCACAGCAGGGCUACCCGGCUUACAACCAGGGCGCUCCACCAGGCUACCCGGCAGGUGGUCAGACGUACCCGAACCCUGCAUAUGGAGGUCAGCCACAGUACUAUGGCGGUCGGCCACAGAGACCCCCCCAAAAUGGCGGUGGUGGUUUUCUGACAGCCUGCCUGGCGGCACUGUGCUGCUGCUGUGUCGUUGAUGAGUGCUUGGACUGCUGUUGUAUGAUGGCCGGGUAAAACAGUUGGAGCAGACUAGUUUUGGGAGAACUACCAAAGCAGAGAUCAGGGGCGCGCAGAUUUGUUCAUGCACAGACAAAAUAGUUGUUAAAUUUUACUGCAAUUUGUUGGGGCUACAAUUUAGUAGCUUGUCUUACAGUGAAAGGAGUCAGCCACAGGUUGGCUGUUUGAUCCUUGUUGGUUGGUUAUAGUUAACGCACGCAGGAAGUUUAUUAUGUACCAUAAUUGCUCCCGAAAUUGAAAUUAGAAAUUCAGUGUGAAACUUAAGUUUUGUAAGAACAUUCUUUUGAAAUAACCUGCUGAACGUUGAGAAACAUCACUUCUUCAUUCAACGGAAAUGUUUGUGCAAAGUCAACCCUCAAUUGAACCUCGAUUGAUAUUUUAAGUGAACAGAUAUGACAU